UCUAAUAGGUUUUCCACUCUUCUUAUUUAGCUUCAUAGCAGAACUGUCUGCAUGCCUACUUUGUCUUUUGCCCUUCAGGGCUGAAAGAAAUAUUUGUUCCUCCCCUUCUGUGGAAAGCUCCUGUUUUCUGCAUUGCAAUGGAGCAGUGCAUCACCCAUUAGUUUUAGAAGCAUGGUCAAUUUUUUUCAGUGGAUUAUGUGUAUGCAUGCUGAGGUUGCUAUGGUUACAGUUCGGCCUGCACAAGCACGGUGACGAAUGCCUCUGUUGCUACUUGGGUGUUCGAUUUCACUAGCUAUAGAAACUUAUGGGAGACGUGGUUUGCUGCUACAGUUUCCAGUAACACAACAGAGCUUCUCUUUGCUCUGCUGGAGGCUGUUUACCUUCUGCACUUGGGAGGCUGCGACCUUGCUGUUCCUACCAGCUGCCACACACUGGGUUGACAUCUUUAUCAAGUUAUUUACUACAACCCCAAGGUCUUGUUCCCGGUCAGUCACUACACAUGAGUGGAAUCUGAAGACGCACAUAGGCAAAAUGGAUGAAAUUUACAAGAUCUCUUCCACUGAGAGGGUCCAGCAGGUGGAAAAGGAACUAGCUGUACAGCUGGAAGAACUAAAGACAGAAAUAGAGGGAAAUGGGGAUCUUCAGGGGACACAGUACUGUUCUGUCCCCCUCCCAAAAGAUGUUGAUUACUUCAGAAGAGAAAGGGAAUUGGCGCUGAAGAAAUGUUUACAAGUAGCAGAGACAAAGCCUCUUGUAAUUCAGGCUGAUCUCAUGCAGAGGGAGCUAGAGAUCUGUCUAAAAAGAGAAUAUACAUUUGAAAGCUUACCUUUGUUACUGCACCAGUUUUUUACAGACAGAAUCAUGCAGCUGGUCCAAAGCAAAUAUUUACACAUGCUUAGAUGGAAGAGAUUUUGUCAGCACAGCAGUGUUAUUGAGCAAUUCUAUCCUUUGUACCAGAAACAAGUGGCUCAUAUUAUGCAGGAGUACAAUGAUGCUGUUCAAAGGGCAGCAAGAUUGUCAAGUGCCCGGGAGAACUUCCUGGUAGGAAGGGAAAAUCCUACAAAUUUAGUGACCCAAGAAGACCUGGCUAUUUACACACAGUGGCUAGUAUGUCACCUGCACUCACUUAAGACCAUCCAUAACUACCUUCAGGUACUCCAGUACUUGCCUGUCUCUCAUAGAAUGGAGAUUAACAGACAUCCUGUCUGGGGUGAUGGUGAUAAAUUCAAAGCUGUUGGCAAAACUGUAUAUUUGUCUCCCAGUAUCCAGCACUCUAUUCACUCUGACACAUCAGCAACAGGUGGAUUCCAAGCCAGGGCUGCCACCUGCACACUUCCCCAACACACUGCAGAAAUUGAGGAACUAAAGCCUCAACUCAGACUUUUACUUUCUCAAUUUCGUAUCAACUAUGAUGUGGAAGACCUGAAGCAUUCUGCUGAUGAGAUGGAACUUUUUUGUAUGGUCAUGCAUGAGUUUAGAACCAUUUUCAGUAAACAACAGACAAUGAGAACAUUUCCUGUUUACGAUGCCGGAACGCCUGGAACGGAAACCUGGGGUAUCAGAGACCCCCACAUGGCUUUGAAAAAGAGAGCCAACUGGAUUCCUUUCAUAAAGAUUAAACCUCACCAAGAUCCAUGGCAGCAAAAAAUGUUCACGAAACUGAAGCAUCGGAAGAAGGUUGAUGAACUGCUGCAGAUUCAGUCAAAAAUUUUAGAGGUUUCCAAUCCAGAACAGGUGAUGGAGGUUCUUCAGGAGCAAGCAUCUGCAGUGCUAGAGCCAAGAUCAAUGACAUCGGCUUUUGGUACUUUUACACCUUUUAAUUCACAACAAUAUGAUCAAAUCUGGAACAAGAUUUACCACAGCUCCAGAUUCCAUCAGGAGCAAACCAGUGAUGAUGUUGAUAAUCCUACCAUGGCAACUGGUGAGAAGGAUAUGGGACAUUCCAACCUUAACAAGACCUCUACUUUUUCAAGAAAGAAAAAAGACACAAGUUACACAACGACCUUGCAGCUGCUGGGGUUAGAUGAGGACAUAGAGGCCAGCAGCAAGGGGCUUCCCAUGAGGAAAGGAGCCUAUUUAUCUCUCCUUCUUUUGCGUCACUUGCAAAUCCGAGAGCUGCAGAGAAUUUGUUUGGGCAUCCUCAACUACUUCAGAUCCGUUGAAAGAACCCUAACCAUCAGUACCUCGGGUCUUGCCUUGCGUGCCGGCCAUCUCGUCUCCACUGCUGAAGAUUCUUGUUGGGUAAAUGCAGCCAAAGGGGGCAGAGGUGCCUAUGGUGGUCUUGGUUCACACCCCUAUGUGCAUUACACACCAGCUGACUAUAAGGUUCACAGUGUGCAGUUUAUGGAGUUUGCAGAAGUAGAAAACCAUGAUGAUUUUUACACCACAGAAGACAUGUAUGUUCACACCCAGGAUCAGCGAGGGGCUUUUGUGAUGUACGAUGUAGCCCUCCAGGACCUGAAAGAGCUAGAAAAGCAGCUUUUGCUUGUGGCAACCCAGUACAUUGAGGCAGGGAAAGGUCACAAAGCAUGCCGUGAUUCCAGUAAUAGCAACUACUCAGCCUGGGCUCAUGCAUCAGUGGAUCGAUCUGCAGUAAUCCUUGACCUUUGGACUUGUGAAACAGCUUUCUUAGAAAAUAAAUGGCAGCUUUUGAAUAGUUACUUUGAAGCAUAUCAACAUGCAUUAGAUUCAGAAGAAAGGUUUGCUUUGGCCCAAGUUGUAACAGACAUCAUGUACAGACGCCCUCGAUUUGAUUUCCAUCUUGGGUAUUUUGUGAAUAUCUAUAAAGAAGAGUGUGCUUGCCUUGAACUUCACCUACAGCUGGUGAGAGGUGUACUGAACAAACAGAUAGAUAACCAACGUGAAUAUAACCACAGGAUUUGGCGUGAUGGUCCCAAAGGUGGCACCUGUGAAUUUGGUUUCCCCCCAUAUAUAAUUGCAAAACAAUUAAUUGCUAUUAAUAACACCCCUUCGGCUUUGAAGAACAUUUAUUUGCUCGAGUUCCACCCUUCCCUUGGCCUAAUAUCUUUAGUUCCUAAAGCUCUGGGUCAUACCCUCCAGGAGUUCCAGCAAAGCUGUAGGCCAAAGACAGCCAGGGAAGCAAUUAAUCUGGAAAAACAUGUACUUCAACUUGCCCUGGACACAUGGCUGACCAUGGAACAGCCAGAGUCUUUCUAUGGCUCUCAAAUUCAGAAAGAUUUAUUCACAGAAGUUCUGGUUGAAGAUCCUUGUCUUGUAAGAGAAAUUGCUAUGUCAGCACUGAAAUCAGCAGAAGAGGGAAAGCAGAAACAGGGUAAAGAAAAACAAGCUUUUAUUCAGAACAUCUUCUCAAGGCUCCUUGAACUUCUAACCCUCCGCCAUCGAUUGAUAGAGGCAGCAGUAGAAAGCGCACAGCUGCAGAGACUCUACAAAGAAUUUGCAGGAGAAAUGGGCUUUGAUGAGUUCCAUUUAUACUUAAGGCCUGUGUACUUUGAAUUCGCAACUCACAAAGAGAAAGCAGACCAGCCCUCACCAAUAUUUGUUACUUCUCUUCUAGAGCAUCAUGACAGUAGUGUGGAUAGAUAUAUUCCGUCCAGCUUAAUGUUAAACAUCCAUGAUAUUGACAAUCAAAUUGGGAAAUUUAGCUUUCGUACAAGAGACAGCAUUCUUCAGCUGUUACUGAAGUCCCAUGGACUAGAAAACCUUCAGAUUGCUCUUUCCUGCCAAGUCGCUCAUAAAAACACACUGCUUGUUGCUGUUCAACAGGCUGCAUUUUGCCCCAUGAUGCAGCCCUCGCGGACUCUGGACAUGAAGGAAGGAGUUCUAAGUCUGAGGAGUCAGAGCAGUACAACAAGUAGAAGUUCUAUGGUUGGAACUGAAACAGAAGACCAGUUUCUGGCCACAGCACCAUUGGUUUUACAUUCCAUUCAACAUUUUGCAGCAGGACGCAGCAUUUUAAAAAGGCCUCGAGAAGCUUUUGUCUCAAUUCAGUUGGAGAAACAGGGUCCACGGGACGUGAUGCUGAACACGUUCAUUCAAAAGAAGCAAAUCCUGGGGACUAGAAUGCAAAAUCCUGAGGAAGUUGAAAAAAUCAAAAGAGAAGUUAUUUUUGAAUACUGCCAUAAGAUGAACCAUCGUAUAUCACAAUACUCUCUGCGAAGUCAGAUCAUUGCUUAUUACAACAGUUUAAAAUCUAUGCUAGAUGAUUUCCCCAGCGUGAGAGACAAAUACUUCAUGAUUGGGUUGCCGCAAGAAAAGAAAGAAAAACAAGAAUUGAAAGAAAAGCCUGAAGAUGAUCCCAGGUCAUUCCAGACAAGGCCUCGUGGUUUGCUGUCCACAGAUGGACGGUCCUUCUUGAAUCUGUGGUUCAUCCCUCACCCUUCUGAAGUCCUAUCUGUGUUUAAAAUGCUACCAGAGAAGACUGGCUUCAGAGCCCUGAGGCAGACACUGCAAAUUGUUGCAGCUUUUCACGACAUUAUUUCCUACAUUUUCAGCUUUGCACAGCUAGGAAAUGCAACAGGCUGCUUUGAUUAUGUGUGUCCUCCUGACCAUCUCACUGCAGAAUGGGGAGGGACUGAAUGGAUCGGAAUUGAGCUCCUAGACCUGCAGAAAAAAAUAGACAAUCUUCAUAGUCCCUCAGAUCCGAAGAAAGUGGCCCAGAUUUUGAGCAUGCACAGAGAAGUUACACUUCUGCAGUUUGAGGCAGCUGUUAGACAUUCUGUUCGAGAAGCAUUUUUAUCAUCUGGAAAUGUUCCUGCCUAUCAGAGCAUUACGGAUCACAUUUACCAUGGGUUGCCUCCCAUAAGUAACACCAUUGUUGGAAGUGCCUUUGCUUCCCAGCUCCGGCUUCCGCAGCCACUAGAUCCACAUGGCCACAGAGCACUGUUGUUGUUCCCCUGGAGAACAUUCCUAGCAAACACAGGUCCAUUUCCUGUUAUUAUCAGCAACCUAGACCCCAUAAGCUAUAAUAUGCAGGUAUGUCUGUGUGGACUGAACGAUGAGGAUCGAAAAGUAGCCCAUGGGGAGCUGGUCGAGAUGCAGCUUGCAAUGGAGGAUGUACUCUGGAGUAAUUAUGAGGGUCUGAAUGAGCACGGAGAACAGAGAACAUCUUUCGGAAAGAAUUUGGCAAUGACAACUGAAGCAAGUGGAAAGACUUCAAAAGCACUGUUGGAGCUGCCUGAUUCAGUGGCUUCAAGUUCCUUGCAGAAAUCUUACCUGAUACUGUGGAAGCAACUGGAAAUUUUAAAAGCAGAAUGGGGAAGGCUUAAAUUAAAAGUUGAUGAUAUCAACACAGUUCCUCUAUACAAGCAAUUUACUGAACAAUACGGUACUGAAGUUCUGUAUCCUGCUAUGAGAAGCAUAGCUAUACAUAUGCGUAUAGAAGAUGAACUUGAAGGAUUUGGACUGACAUAUCACUCUAUUUUGCCCCCUAAAGACGCUUCAGAAACUGAAAUAAAAACACAGCAGCUGCAAAAACUCUUGGAAAGUCUAGAAAUCCAUAUGAUUCGUGAUGUACAAAAGAAAGUUAACAAAGAAAUAACGCUGGUUAUAUCUGAAAAAACAAGAGAAGAGAGAAACCUAUCUACAGAGCUCUGGAAACAUCAUGGCAUGCAAGAAAUCUUCUCUGUCACAAGGCCAGAAAUUGUUGAAUCAUUUGUACAGAAGCUAAUGGAAAAUCACCAAGAAACUGAUGCAGAGAUAACCUUUCCAAAAGACCACUUACAAAAAUGCUUCACUGCUCUGGGUUGUGAUGUCUUGGCCAGAGAACGCAGCAACUUUGAGAGCUACUCCAUGUUUUAUGAAAAUAUACUCCAUCAGCAACAUCAGCUCCUCUAUCAAAAAGAACAAGAAAUGCAUGUUGUAGAAGACAAUCGAGGAAAUGCUGAGCUGGGUCUUAGUCAGGUAGCAGAGCUGAGUCAUGAGAUGAUUAUGGAAAUGAUGGCUCUGAGAGCUAGAAUUGCUGAACUCCAAGGUGAAGCCCAUGGCCUCAGAGAUAAGAUCAGAAAAGAAGUGCAAGAAGAUUAUGAAGCAUUGGUGCAAAACAUAUUUAUGAUCUGUCUGCAACUAAAAGGAAGGGUGGAUGAGUAUCGUCUAACCAUGAGCCAACGCAUGUUUGAGAUCAUCAGUGAGGUGAGAAGAGAAGGAGUGGACAAAAUGAUUGACUUGAAGAAAAAGUACGGCUCCACAAAAGAUAACAAGACACUCAAAGAACAUUUGGCUCAGCAGGGGCACCUGCAAGCAUUACAGGAUGAAAACAACCAGUUGGGAGUUCUGCUAUGCAAACUGAAGGCUAUGAGCUGCUGGAAAGAAACAGUGCAAAAAGCACACUCAUCUGCCACAUUGAGAGAAAUGGAGAAGGAGGCCAUUCAAAACAAAAAAGAGUAUCUGAAAUCCAAGCUGAUGGCAGAACAAGAAGCAAUUUUAUUUCAGCAGCAGCUGCGGGCUGCAAGGAAAGCUUUGGCAGAGUCUCAGACUGAGAAUAAAAGGCUGAAGCAACAGCUAGACAAACAGGGACACUUGCUACAGGAAGUAGAACACAGAAUGAACCAAGAAGUUUACAGAAAGCAGCAACUAGAUCUAAUUAAGACAGCAAACUUGGAAAAAAUGCUGGAAAGCCUUGGAGAGAGAGAACUGAGACUACAGUGUCUGACAGAAGAAACUGAAAGAUCAUCCAAGAUAAGGCAGCUUCAGGGGGAAAAGGUUAAAAAAGAAAUCCAACAGGUAAGAAGUCAGCUGACCCAGGAACGCAGUUUAAAACUGGAUGCUUUCCAGAGGAUAAAAGAGCUGCAGCAUCAGCUGUAUGACUCAGAAGUUGCAACAUCCAAGAGAAAUUCCUCUGCAGCUGUAAGAAGAAAGUCUGCUAAUACUUCACACAGUGCCAGCAGUAUAAAUCGCUCACUUUCAGGUUCUGCUUCAUGGAGCCAGAAUACAGGCAUUUCAACAUUCAUGUUAACCAAGGACUUCAGGCAGCAGCUUUUGGUUGCUGACUCUGUGGGUAGCAGCAAUAUAAAACCAGAAAAGAUUCAGAGGCCCAAAACGGUACCUUGUGGGUGGAGAAAUAGUGUGAUAGAUGUUCUCUUGCCAGCUCUUACAGAAAACUCUUCUACGUCAUCUGUGCAGUUUUGUGGACAGAAGACAUCUGAAAAAUAAGCUUCUACUGCUU